AUGGUUUCGAAUAUAUGGAUUGCUGCAGCUGACAAUCAAAAGGAAGCAGUUGAACAGUACAUUAUCCUGAGUGACUUUACCGCCAAUUCAAAGGAUCCAAAUGGUUACACGCCGAUUCACGCUGCUGCAUCUUAUGGACAUCACGAUCUUAUUGACUAUUUAGUCAAUCACGGUGGAGAUAUAAACAUACAAGACAGCGAAGGAGAUACGCCUUUGCAUCAUGUCGAAGACUUAACCACUGCCAGGCUUCUAGUGGAGAAGUAUAAGGCUGAUUACAAGAUUAAGAAUAAUGAUGGAUUAACAGCUGCCAGUUUCAUUGAAGAAGAAGACGAAUUUCCUGAGGUGGCGACAUAUUUGAAGAACUUAACUCAUGACAAACCGGAGGAAUCAUCCAGCGAAGUAGCUAAAGCCAAUGAGUUUUUAGAAAGUUUGCCUGCGCCAGGGACAGUUGAUGGCCAUGAGAUCAAGUAUUCUUUGCAACUGGAACAACAACAGCAAGGAGACGAAGAAUUGAGUCCUGAAGAAUUGGAGCAAAGGAGGAAAAAGAUUGAACAGAUUUUGAGAAGUGAAAACCCAGAAGAAGGGUUGAGGGAGCUAAUAACUAGUGCUGUACACGAUGGACUAGAACAGCGUCAGCAGCAGGAUGAGGAAGAAGAACCUAGUAGCAAGAGAAGAAAGUAG